AUAUAAACCCCAAAUGAGUGUAUAUAAUUUAAUGAAAAUAAAAAAAAUAACACAAUUUUCUUAUAAUCAUUAUUUUUCUUUAAACACACCAAAAGUUAUUCUAGUGUAUAUUUAAAACAACAAAAACAACAAGAAUGAAAAAAAAUAAAGAAUAACAUUCACACAAAUGUACAUAGCAGCACAAUUAGCAGAAAUAACAGCAGCAGCAGCACCAACAACAGCAGCUGUCAAUAAAGCCGGUUGAAAAAAAACAGCUGUUUUGUUUCCUCAAACACUCAACACAUACAAAUCUAAAUUAAAACAAAAUGCAUUUCUAAAAGAAAUUUCAAAUAAAAUACAACAACAAAUAGAGAGAAAAAAACAAAAAUAUUACACAUUCUCGCAAAAACUUAACAUUAAAAGAGUUAAUGUGAGAGAUAAAAUAAACUACGCUAUAAAAAUAUAAUAAUAAAUACCACAAAAGAGAGAGAGAGUCCCCCCAAAUUUAAAACUCUCUCUUUUUGUGUGUAAGAAAAAGAAGAAAAAAAAAUAUAAACAUCCAUAUGUCUCUCACAUUACCAAUGUCGUUAAUAGAGACUUCAACCAUAACCGAAUCAUCAAAACAUCAUAGAAAUUUUCCCAAAUUAACAACAAAUUCUAUGGUGGUUAUACAAGCCUCAACAGCCUCUUUGCCUACAACAAAAACGUCGUCUAAUGUUGCGACGGCAGCAGCAGCAGCCUCAACAACGCAAAAAAGAUCUCGCAAACGUUCCACUACCGAUAAUUUAGUAGCAAAUGCAACAUAUACUACAAAUACAAAACGUAAUAGAAAACAAACAACUUUACUACAACAACAACAGCAGCAGCAACAUAUUCUGAUACAUCAUCAGCAGCACCAACAACAACAUCAUCUUCAACCGCCACCAUCAACAUUAUUAUAUGUUAAUCAGAGAAUGUCCGCCGGCGCUCAAUUGCAGAUGGCCCCACAAACAUCAACGUCUAUAAGCCAUCAUACAACACCACAACAGCAACAUUUUGCUCCUAAUCAACAGCAGCAGCAACAACAUUUGUCACAAGUUCAACAACAAGUUCAGCAGCAACCACAUUUACAGCAGCAACAAUUACAAUUGCAACAACAGCAACCUCCUCCUCCACCGCCAACACAUUUACCCACACAUUAUCCCCAGCCUCCAACACUUGCCACAAACCAUCACCAACAGCAGCAGCAACAUCAUCCAACCCAAACGCCUCAAACACCACAACCACAGCAGCAGCAACAGCAAGCACCUCCACAACUGCAACAGAUCCAACCGCCCAACAUUGUGCCCCUGACACAUCACGGUCAUCAUAGUGGUGGCGGUCACAGCAGUAAUCCCGACUCGAAUAUGAGCACUGGCUCGUCACACAGCGAAAAAGAUGUUAACGACAUGUUAAGCACACAGCAACAGUCCAGUGGUAUUGUCCAGCAAAUCGGUCUCCUAACAAACACAUCAACAGCCGUAGUAGCCGCAGCAGCAGCCGUUGUUUCGUCGUCGUCUGGUAACGGUAUGAUGAAUACCGGCGGUAUGGGUAUAUCGACAGAUCCAAAUAUGCAACAGCAACAGGCACCCAACCAUCAUCAUCAUUCGCAUGGACCACACCAUCAGGUGUCACAACAAAACAAUUCGGGAUCAACGAGCGGCGGCAGUGGUCGCAUGGAGAAAUUGUCGCGCACCCCCACAGAACGUAAACGCAAAAGGAAAAUCACGGCAUUGCAUGCCGAUGAUAGUGGUGGUGCCGCCGGUGGUGGCGGCGGUCCGGGUGGUGGUGUUGGUGGCAAUGGAGGUAAUAAUUCAAGCAACGCUUCUAAAGCAUCUAAACACAACAAUUCCUCUUCAGGCUCACAGUUAUUAAAAGCAAAUUUAUCUCUAAAUUUAGGUGCUCAAGCGGAACGUCUUCAAAUACCCGGUACUGGCGGCGUCGGUGGUGGCGUUGGGGUCAAGAGUGCCCGGCUACUACCACCCGGCAGUGCUGGUGCGGCCGGCGAUAAUAAGAAAAUCAAUGAUUAUUUCAAUAAACACACUGUACAGACAGCAGCCACUAAUAGUCCCAUGAGACAUACGGCUGGCGGCGGCUCCAAGAGUCCCUCAUCGGCCGGCGUUGCCCAGCAACAGCCCCAGACGGCGCAGCCUCAACAAGUGCCAACAUCUGUAGGCGGUAACAGCACGUAUCCCAUGUAUCCACCUAGUCCACAACAACCACAGCAAAUGACCGCCCCUGGCUUACCGUCGACACCAACUUCACAACCCCCGCCUCCUGAAUUCCACUACAGCAGUGUAGCGGCCGUGAAUAGCGUUGCGGCCAAGCAGCAGAGACAGCAACAACCACAAACUUCCAACGCAAUGGUUCCUCCACAGUCACCUCUGGUGGGUGUUUCGAAUGUUGGCCUGCUGAGCGGCUCGCACAUGGUGCAUAAUGCCACGGUGACGGCCGCCCUGAUCGGCGGUACGUCCGCAGCCGUUGGUGGAGGCAAUGGACCACCACCUCCUCCGCUGCCCCAGCAGCAACAGACGCAAACACAUCAACUUCCCGCCUCUUCCGUUGUUGCCACCACAGUGCAACAGACUCUGACAACCUCGCAACAACAAUUGGCUGCUGUGGCGGCCGUGCAACUCAACUCACUGCAACAUGCCGGCAUGCUAGCCACUCCCGGCGGCGUUCCAACCACUCCUACACUACAACAGCAGCAGCAACAACCGUCGCUCGCGAUGGUUACCAAAGCAACUCAAACAGACCUCUCACUACCCGAUAUGCAGGAACGUGAUACCGAAAACGAAACCAGUAAAUCAAAAUUGGAUGAGAUGACAAGACUGUCUGAUGAACAAAAAUGUCAAAUUAUUGCUCAUCAAAAACUAAUAGAUCAACACAAAUCCCAUAUAGCCAAGUGUAUUGAUGUCGUCAAGAAGCUGCUGAAGGAAAAGUCCAGUAUCGAAAAGAAGGAGGCCCGCCAAAAGUGCAUGCAGAAUCGCCUGCGGCUGGGCCAAUUCGUUACACAACGUGUAGGUGCUACAUUCCAGGAGAACUGGACCGACGGUUAUGCCUUCCAGGAGCUGAGUAGGCGGCAAGAAGAAAUCUCAGCCGAACGCGAAGAAAUCGACCGGCAAAAGAAGCAGUUGAUGAAGAAACGUCCGGCCGAAUCGGGUCGUAAGCGUAACAACAAUAACCAGCAAAAUUCCAAUUCAAAUGAUUCCUCCAAUCUAAAUGCUGGUUGCGAUCGGCUGUCGGCCAGCGACAGCGGCAUCGGUGUCUCGACCGGCACGGGUGGCGGUGGUGGCAGCGGUCGCGGUCUAUCGCGCUCGAACUCAUCACAAGCUCAAAGUCAACUGCUGCACAAUGGCGGCGGCAGUGGCACCAGUGCCACCGGCAUGGGCAGUGAUCGUCUGUCGGAUCGUGGCGGUGGCUCUACCGGUCGCGGUGACAAUUCCAACAGUGGUUCCGACUCAGCAACGUUCCUUAAGCCCGAUCCCGUAUCGGGUGUUUAUACCGCUCAAGAAUAUUACGAAUACGAUGAGAUUUUAAAAUUGCGACAAAAUGCGCUGAAAAAAGAAGACGCCGAUCUUCAAUUGGAAAUGGAGAAAUUAGAACGUGAACGUAAUUUGCAUAUACGCGAAUUAAAACGGAUACUCAACGAAGAUCAGUCCCGCUUUAAUAAUCAUCCAGUAUUGAAUGAUCGUUAUCUUUUGCUAAUGCUCUUGGGCAAGGGUGGUUUCUCAGAGGUGCACAAAGCCUUCGAUUUAAAGGAGCAGCGUUAUGUGGCCUGUAAGGUACAUCAGUUGAAUAAGGAUUGGAAAGAAGAUAAAAAGGCGAAUUAUAUCAAACAUGCUUUAAGAGAAUAUAACAUCCACAAGGCUUUGGAUCAUCCCAGAGUUGUGAAAUUAUAUGAUGUCUUCGAAAUAGACGCCAAUUCAUUUUGUACUGUUUUAGAAUAUUGUGAUGGUCAUGAUUUAGAUUUCUAUCUAAAGCAACAUAAAACGAUACCCGAACGUGAAGCACGUUCCAUCAUUAUGCAGGUUGUAUCUGCUUUAAAAUAUUUAAAUGAGAUUAAACCACCAGUUAUACACUACGAUUUGAAACCGGGUAACAUUUUGCUGACCGAGGGCAAUGUAUGCGGCGAAAUAAAAAUUACAGAUUUCGGUCUAUCCAAAGUAAUGGAUGAUGAGAACUAUAAUCCAGAUCAUGGUAUGGAUUUAACAUCCCAAGGAGCGGGAACCUAUUGGUAUUUGCCACCAGAAUGUUUUGUGGUGGGUAAGAAUCCUCCAAAAAUCUCUUCAAAAGUUGAUGUUUGGAGUGUGGGCGUCAUAUUCUAUCAGUGUUUGUAUGGUAAGAAACCAUUUGGCCAUAAUCAAUCGCAGGCUACGAUACUCGAGGAGAAUACCAUCUUAAAAGCAACCGAAGUACAAUUCUCCAACAAACCAACAGUAUCCAAUGAAGCUAAGAGUUUUAUACGAGGCUGUUUGGCUUAUCGCAAAGAAGAUCGUAUGGAUGUAUUUGCGCUGGCGCGGCACGAAUACAUCCAGCCACCCAUACCCAAGCAUGGUCGUGGUCAAUCGUUGAAUCAACAGCAGCAACAACAGCAGCAGCAGCAACAACAGCAACAGCAGCAGCAACAACAAUCUUCGGGCAAUCAAGCCAAUUCUGCCGGACAGACAUCAUUUUCAGCGGGCAUGUUUGGCAAUCUAAAUCAAUCAAGUUCAUCCUAGCUGCACACAAAACGUAAUUCCAAUUCAUAAUUGUUAAAGUUAAUACAAAGUAAUAGUAGUAAUACAAAUAAUAACAACAACAACCAGAAUCAGAUACAAAUUUCUCCCCAUCCUCAACAACAACAACCACAACUACAACAGCAGCAGCAACAGCAGACGCAUCAUCAGCAACAGCCAGCGCAACAACAUCAUCAUUACCAUCAACAACAUCAUACUAAUCAUACAAGAAGAACCAAUAAAACAAACAAUAUUAAUAGUAAUAAUAAUAACAAUAACAACAAUCCUACUACCAUAAGUAGAAGUUUAAAAAAUCAUGCUAAAACCACCAACCAUCAUCAUCAUCAUCACAACGCCAACAAUAAUGCCACUUCUUUACAGCAGCAGUGUCGCUCAAAGCAGCAGCAACAAAAAAUGCUAACCUUGUCUUAAUUUCAAGCUAGACACACAAGCCAGACAGAUGGGCUGAUAUUAUGAUACAUUUGCAACAGAACCACCAACCCCUUGGAAGAAAAAAAUUUACACUGCCGUUUGCCAGAAUUUUUCUUUUACUUUUUUUUCUUCUUAAAGGGGCAAAACUUGCUUGGAAAGAAAAAUCCAGCCAUUAGUUGGUUACACUUUGCUGGUAACUCUUGUAUAUUUUAGCAAAUAUGUGAUGAGCUAAAGGUGGUUGGUUUAAAAGAUGUGAAUUGAGUUGGAUAUGAAAAAAAACUGGCUUAAAAUUUAAAUAUUUUUUGUUUAGAAAAAAUAUAUGAUAAUUUUCAAUUGCUGCAGUUUACAAACAGCCCCCUCUCCUACCCCAAAACAUAAAGGUAAACAUUUUUAAGUUUUCUUAGAAAAAAAGUAGAGGAAAAAAUUCUAACAGUCUAUAAGG